AGCGGUCCAGACAAGCCUGCAAAUGAGGCGUUCCCAGCAACCCAGCCUGUCUGUCUGCCUGUCUGCCUAACGGGAGCUCCGAAGCGUCUAGAGCCCCGGGAGAAAAUCGCUACCGCUUGCAAGCAAUAAUUCUCGGGCAUAUGUCGUGAACUAGAAACUAGAAACAAAUGAGCCAGGACGCGUUUAGGUAAGCCAGGAGACGUUUGCUAACGGCGGCGAGCCACCGUAGCUUUGGCCGCUUAGCCGAGCUCGCCAGCUAACGUGUAAUUACAUGGGAACGUCCUGUUUAAAGAGCAGACACGGGUGGGCCAAAUAAGUAGAUGUGCGCCCGAGAAUGGUCUACGGGUGAUCGCGCUGUUUUUUUUUUUUUUUUUUAACGGGACAUGCGGAGUUUGCUGCCACAUUCUGGGUGUCUUCGGCUAAGUUUGUGCGGUGGCUAACAUGCUAGCUUGCAGACAAACAAGCUGCUUAGCUCGCCGCUAGGAUUUCUGCGGGGGGCUCGAAUAGCGUCACUUUUUUUUUUUUAAUUGUUGACGCCUCCAAAACGACACAGAAGCAAAUUCUUGUUUUUGUUUUUUUAUUUUUUGGGUUGGGGGGGACGGAGGGGAGGGUGUUGGGUUGUUUGGUGCUGGUGGUGUACGUCAAAGUGUGCACGACACGCCUGAAAGAGCGUUUUGACUGAUUGGAGAAGACGUUGACGAGGAGGCCGAAAAAAAAAAAAAAAGUUCCACCAAGCCACCGGACCAAAAGCCGACGCGCUCCAUCAUGGCUGCGGGCUGCGCGACAACGAUGCAGUCCCUCGCCAAAUUCGGCUUUUGCCUGGCGCUUCUCCUGACGCCGGUGGCUGCGGCACAGGGCGAGGAGAGAGAGUGUGCCUUCACGGACCAGCUGCAACAGUGGGAGGUGGAACGAAUGGCAGGGGGCGAGGGCCGGGUCUCCCCCGAAAACACCUCCAUCCGAUGUGCCAAAGGCAGCCACUGCUUUGGCCUUUGGGAGAAAAGUCCUCCUGGUGAAGUGCGACUUGUUAAACAAGGUUGCUGGACCCACCUUGGCGACCACCAAGAUUGUCGCGAUGACCGCUGCGUGGUGACCAACCUGCCUCCACAGAUCCAAAACGGGACAUACCACUUUUGCUGCUGUGGCAGUGACAUGUGCAAUGUCAACUUCACAGAGGAUUUUUUGACACCCAGCCCCACAACUGCGCAGCCCAUCUCCCCUUUCACACUGCGCUCUGAAGAGACUAUAAUUAUUGCCCUGGCAACCAUCUCUGUGCUGGCCGUCGUCGUAGUAGCCGCUUUCUUCGGUUACCGCAUGAUGCAUGGGAACAGUAAGCAAGGUCUUCACAACCUAAACAUGAUGGAGGCUGCUGGCUCUGAAAGCUCUUUGGACCUGGAUAAUCUCAAACUGCUGGAGCUAAUUGGCCGGGGGCGAUACGGCGCUGUCUAUUGCGGCUCUCUGGAUGAGCGGCCGGUGGCCGUCAAGGUGUUUACUGCUACCAACCGCCAGAACUUCCUCAAUGAGUGCUCCAUCUAUCGGCUGCCGCUGCUGGAGCAUGAUAACAUUGCUUGCUUUGUGGCUGCUGAUGAGCGUACGGGUCUGGAGGGGCGCACGGAGUACCUGCUGGUCAUGGAUUAUUACCCACAUGGCUCCCUGAGCCGCUACCUGAGUGUCCAGACCAACGACUGGAUCAGCAGUUGCCGUCUCGCUCACUCAGUGACUCGUGGCCUGGCAUAUCUGCACACUGAACUUUUUAAAGGAGACAUGUACAAGCCAGCAGUCUCCCACAGGGAUCUGAACAGUCGGAAUAUUCUCGUUAAGGCCGAUGGCACAUGUGUAAUCAUCGAUUUUGGCCUGUCCAUGAAGCUGACAGGAAACAGGCCAGCAAGGCACGGAGAAGAAGAAAAUGCUGCUAUAAGUGAGGUGGGCACGAUCCGCUACAUGGCACCAGAGGUGCUGGAAGGAGCAGUCAACCUACGGGACUGUGAGUCUGCUCUAAAGCAGGUGGACAUGUACGCCCUGGGCCUGGUCUACUGGGAGACCUUCAUGAGAUGCACCGAUCUUUUCCCCGGUGAAUCUGCACCAGAGUACCAGAUGGCCUUCCAGGCGGAAGCCGGCAACCACCCGACGUUUGAGGAUAUGCAGGUGCUGGUGUCGAGGGAGAAACAGCGGCCCAAAUUCCCAGAGGCCUGGAAAGAGAACAGCUUGGCGGUUCGCUCUCUAAAAGAGACAAUGGAGGAUUGCUGGGACCAGGAUGCCGAGGCCCGUCUCACAGCCCAGUGUGCCGAGGAACGGCUGGCAGAGCUGCUCCUCAUUUGGGACCGCUCCAAAUCCGUCAGCCCUACGCUCAACCCCAUGUCCACCACACUGCAUAAUGAAAGAAACCGUGUGACACCCAAGUCCGGCCCAUAUGCUGACCUUUCCUCCACCUACAUUGAAGAGCAUGAGGGUGUGGCUAAAAACACACAGGCCGACACUACUGGGUCUGCAAGCGGACGAGUGGCGGUCGGAGUCGGGGAGAGAAACAGGAACUCCAUCAACCAAGAACGCCAGCAGCAAGCAAAUGCCCGACUGCCAAGCCCAGAAGGUAGCAGCACCAGUGGAGCUGGCUUGGGCCUGAGAGGGAGCCCCUCUGCCUCUACCACAACCACCACGAUUAUUUCUGAGUCUGAAGGGACAUCAGGGGGAGCCACAGUCCCUGUCUGCCUUCACCUAACCCAGGAAGAUUUGGAGACCACCAAGCUUGACCCUAAAGAGGUGGACAAGAACCUGAAGGAGAGCUCCGACGAGAACUUGAUGGAGCACUCACAAAAGCAGUUCUGCUCACCAGACCCGCUGAGCCCAGGCAGUUCUAGCUUGCUGUAUCCCCUUAUCAAGAUGGCCAAUGAGGCAUCAGGCAUGUCAGACCCUGCUGCUUCUAUGCCUGCCACCAUCUUCCCUCUACCAAAGCAGCAGAAUCUGCCCAAAAGACCAUCCAGUUUGUCCCUUCGCAACAAGCCCACUAAGAAGGAGUCAUCAUCCUCUUCACUGAGAUUUAAGUUUGGACGGUCUGGAAAAUCCAACCUACGGCAGGUGGAGGGAUCAAAAAUAAACAGUGGAGGAGUACCAGUUCCAAACAUGGCGGCUGAGGCUCAUCAGGGCACAACCAUAAACAACAUACCUGCUUUGCAAGACGUGCAUGCCAACGGAAGCAUAAAUGGCACCAUUAACGGUCAGAUCAGCAGCACCAUCCCUUCUGUGGCCACAGGUGGCGAUACAGGUUUUGGAGGAUCCAAUCUAAUUCCGAAUGGAACUGGAGUGUUACGGUCCGAAGACAGUCGCCUCAGCUUUGGUAUCAUCACAGCCAGCCCAGACGAACACGAGCCACUUCUAAGCCGGGAGCAGCCAGAUCCCAGCGAGGUGUCUUCGAGCAUGGCCGUGCUGCGCUCAGCCCGACCGAACACUAACAACAACAACAACAGCAACACAGACUGCGGCGACGGCGAGAGUGGCGGAGAGAGCGAAGGGGGAGACGAGGACACAAGUGCCCAGGCCGAAAGUGGGGAUGUCUGCGGGCCCACGGGAGAAAGCAUGGGGCCCCGUCCCGGAGCCACAGACUUCCCGGUCACCAUGAGAGAGGACUCCAUGCUCAGGCAGCCCAGAGCUCGCAGACCUGAAAGACCCAACUCCUUGGACCUGUCCUUCACCACGCAGGACUUAGCCUCAUUUGGUGAGGUUUUGGGGCAGCCAGACAGCGCCUUAGAUACAGGCGAAAAGAUCAAGAAACGCGUCAAGACACCGUAUUCACUGAAGAAAUGGCGGCCGACGUCGUGGGUCAUCUCGACAGACGCCAGGGGCCUUGAGGUCAACAACAACGGGUCUGGUCGUAGCCAAGGCCACUGCCACAAUCGGCCCAAGUCCACUUCAGCCAUCUAUUUCCGUGGCGGAGAUUUUGUCGGCGAGCGUGGCGACACACACGUGUGAGCAUACCACCCUUUGAUGAAGACUGAACAAACCAACUGAGCAUUUUUUUCGGGGUGGGAGGGGAAGGGGGGGGGGGGGUCUGCUCACCUCUAAAUCAGCAAGAGGAAGCUACGGGGAGUCGCGUGCCCUAAGAAUCGAAUCUGGUCGUGCAGCAGUUAAGGUCUCGCUGCUGUGUCUUUUUGACGACACCAUUGCUUUAAACUGAAUCCAAGCUAUGCAGCAUUCUCUCCACCCGCAUCCUGCAUCGUAUCAUCGUCGUGUGCGUCCGCUCUUCACAAGCAGCCAAGUCCUUUAGUUCCGCGUGCACUUUGAGCCGACCAAAUCGCCGUUUGGUCCCGCUCUGUCCCAUCAUGACUGCACGGCCGCAUGGUCUCCUGACAUGGCGGCAAAAUACAAUCAAAGCGCUCAUUUUUUUUGUUUUGUUUGGACUCGUGCAAAGCCCUGUUGAGAAGAAGAAACGGUCUUAAAAGACAAAACUGUUCAUUUGUAUUUCUUUGUUAUUGUACGCAACAUAUUUUGUCCUUCACUAUUCAUCAGGGAUGGGAAUUUUCCGCGGAAUUCCGCCGAUUUUGGCGCCGCCAAGGUCAUUUAUGUAAUAUAAUGCCAAUGUGUGAAGGCACCAGAUUGGCUAGCUCUACUAUCAGCUGACGACAUCAACCAAUGACAUUGCCCGUUAUAGUCGUCUGCACGCGUCGUUUGCCGACUAUAUCUAGUCCCUGAUCCUCAAUUAUUCUGAGCGUUUCUGAACUCGUAUUCUGUUUAUAUUGGUUGUGCUUAUCGGCGAUUAAUCUGGAAAGAAAACACAGUAGCUCUCAAUUAACACGUUUCUUUAUUGACAAAACAGUUUCAGACAUGCUUCAUCAUUGAAAGAUAUCGAUAAGGGCGUGAGAAACAAGUGGAACUGGGCAUGGCUCGAUAUAUCCAUCAUACUGAAGGUGAAGAUUAACAACAAUAUCGUAGAAGUAGACGAGCUGAUUAGCGAUUUCAUUGCAAAGUGCGAUGAACCGGGACGUGCUCAGUGCUUAUAUUGCAAGGACGUUGUGAAAUAUGGAUCUCGGGGAAAGGUGGCACUCUUUGACCACGAGAAAUUAGCAAGGCUUCUAAGUAAAGUGAGUUUACGGAGAAGUAAUUUUUCACUGGGAUCUGCCUUUAAGCCCAAGUCAAACAUCGUCACAAAUGCAGCCUCAAAUCAAGUAUCGAAGCCUCCCACCUCCGACUCGGCUCCUCUCACACCAAUCUACGACAGACGAGUCCAUUCAGAGAUACAAUACACCAGGGGUAGGGAACCUAUGGCUCUAGAGCCAGAUGUGGCUCUUUUGAUGACUGCAUCUGGCUCUCGGAUAAAUCUGAGCUGACAUUCCUUAACACGAUAAGUAAAGAAUAAUUCCACUUGUAAUCACAGUGUUAAAAAUACCGUUCAAAAUAUAAAACAUUAUCAUGCUUUUUUAUGUUCAAGAAGUUGCGUCAAUGGUAAGUAGUAAUUUAUUUAUUAUUGGUUAGUGUGGGGCUUGCCCUCCUGAGGGUUCUUCAGACCAUCAGGCACCGACAUUAGAGCCCUUUUCGGGGUUAUAUUAUUGUUUUAUUUUUCAAUAAGUCUCUCAGUUGCUUUCCAGCAAUUGUAUUUUUCUCUCUCGCUCGCGCUCUGGCUCCAGCCUCCACCCCGUCUCUCCUCCUGGCUGCUGCUUAUAACAGAGCGACAGGUGAUUAGAUAACAAGGCCCAGGUGGGCCAUCUACGCACCUGUCGCUGAUUUCGAGGCCGGUCCUGGGACACCCAAGUUUGCUGCAGGCCCACAGGCCACGCCCCCACCACAGUUAGCUUCAGAAUAACAAUGUUAUUACAAAGAAUAAGAGACCUAUUAUACUCUAGAAAUGUUGGUCUUACUUAAAAAUGCACACGUUUAGUUGUGUUCAGUGUUAUAAAAAUAUUAUAUGGCUCUUACGGAAAUACAUUUUUAAAUAUUUGGCUUUCAUGGCUCUCUCAGCCAAAAAGGUUCCCGACCCCUGCAAUACACGAUCUUAUGUAUUUCAAAAUUUGUGUAUUUUGAAUUCUGGUUAAUCCAUUUGUUGGCCUAUUUUUGUCUAUAAUCCAAAAGUGUGCAAGAAUUUGAUAUAUGUGUAAACUUGUAUACAUAAAUUUCAUAACACGUUUUUAUGAAAAUAUUUGCUAAUAAAUGUGAAAUUUUGGUCAGGAGAAUAUUGUUAGAUUUUGACUCAAAAUAGCAGGAAAUGCAUCCUAAGCUAACAUAGAUUUCAAAAUGUUUCUGGGGGGCCAUGCCAGGCGAGUGCACUCGGGUGCGGCCGCUGUGCGGCGUUCCGCAAAGCGCUGUUUUAGGAUUUAAAAAAUUUCAGCUGAUUUUGUAAAUCUUCAUUCCCAUCCCUGAUUCAUGCUAUCAUUGUAAUUGUGCAAUGACAUUUAGAUUUUAGAUGCUUUUGCUCUUUUAGCAUCCUUGUUAUUUUGGACAUUGUUUUUAACCCAUAUUUUAAAUAUGUCAAUCUUCUUUGCACUUAUGAUUAGUCACAAUCGUCAUGCUUCAUGCUACUCUUGUGAACCCACCCCUAAGGAGAAACAAAUGACAAUCCUUCUCUUUUUCCUAAGGAGGGUAUAAACAAUCAAGCUCAUCUGACAGGAAGCGUUUUCCUGGAACUUUAUCACCCCUAUUCCCCACAAUCACACUAUCAAUGGCAUCUUUUUUGUGUGCUCACAAUCUUGUCCCAGUGCGACCUGACUUCUGUUUAACUUUCUGGAUGUGACGGAAAUUACAACCCAGAGACAACAAGACCUGUUGUGCUCUUUGGAAGUGUGCUGGAAAUAAAAGAAAGACAACCAAAUCCUUUCCGAAGCACGCUGAAUAUAAUUUCUGUUCCUACUGGUUGGUUACAUUGCUUGGUAUUUGAAUGGGUGAUUCUGUGUUUUGUGCGUUUAAGUAAGUUGCUUUGCUGGAGUCCAGCGCUGUACACUCAAUGCUUGUUUUCAUCGUGUAUCCUCUGUGCCACGUCAGGACCGAUUAAAAAAAAAAAAAGAAAAUACAAAAAUUCAUUUCUGUUUUUGUAAUUUGUAUGUAAGAAGAAAAAAAACAUUUAUUUGCAUAACUUUUAUGGGAUUCUGUGUUGUAGUCAAUGCACAUUGAUGGCCUUUGAUUCCAUUGCUUUACAUUUGCUCAAUACAGUUUCUGUAAAAAAAAUAAAAAUGUCAAGGUAUUAUUGCAGAAAUAAAUCUCAAUAAAUGUGUGAAAUAUUUAA